CUCCUACAAGCAAGUUCCCCCGAGAAGUUAGAACUCAUCAACAGAAUCAUCGACCAGUUCAAUGAAGAUUGCAAAUGGCUCACGGCCUGCAAAUCUGUUUGUCGCACUCCAGCUCGCCAGCCGGGACCGUUAUUUUCUCACGAGUCUCGCUCAACAGCCAUGACUUGAAGAACCGAAACCGGUGAAUAACCCCUAACCACCUCUUGAACCACGACCACCAUCAUGUUUCACGACCAACGCAGCUUCGAGCCUUAUACGGCCCCCAAUGACGAUAUGGACAGAGAAUCGCACUUGUCAACCUCGCCUAAUCAAGUUCUCCGACGAGCCAAGCCCGGCGAAGAGAAGAAUUUCGAACGGGAUAUGCAGGAGAUCCAUUCGCAGAUGCAAGAGUUCUUCGAUAGCAUGCAAAGGAUAGCGAAUAUGAGCUAUAUAGUGGCGGUGGAAGCCUCAAGAGCAGCGUUGGAAGCAGUAAAAGCAGCCCCGGAAGCCACAAGAGAACGCACUCUCCUAUAUCAGACGGCAAACAGUUUCUGUCGAGGACUUGUCGACACGCUCCGAGGCACCAGCGAGAUUGAAGCUAUCGUCGAGGAAAUAUCCACCGCAAUAUCUAACAGUUUUGAUGGAAUAGUAGGCCGGAGACUAUCAUAUUUGCCUGAUGUCCUCACUGCUUUGGUGUACUACGAUGCUCGUAAAUCUGUCACCCAGUCCUUGCCUCUGCUCGCCCAACACCUUCCAUCGGUCGUACACGAUGGCCAUACACAUGCCGCGGAUGCAUUGGAAGAGAUAUCGAGCCAGUACAGCUUGCGCCCUUUGACUCUGUCGAUCCUUGACAAGGCAUGCGACGGGAUUCUUGUACACGCUAUUCCAUCCAUCGAAUUCGCACGGAGCACCCUUCAGCAUUUUGCUCGGGAAUGUGGUCUCGAUGCCCAGCUUCAACGUCGCAUAGAUGAAGUAAUGAUGUCUCUCGUUGAUGUCAGAAACUACGAUGGACGUUUAAAGUACUUUGAUUCGGAAAUUGAAAUGGCUUGAUCCCUUUGUAUGUAUGCGCAGCCACAAUUUGUAUUCUGUAUCAGGAUUCCUACAAAAAACA